AUGCGCGGACUCCUCGCUGUCGUUGCGACGAUCGUCGUCGAUUUGAGCUUCGCCGCGGUCGGCGGCACGAUUCCGCUUGCCAAGCAACCGUUUGAGAGAUUCAAGCGUCAGAUCGAGGAUACGCCGGCGAAUUCAUCAGCUUCAAGCUUGCAGGUAGAUCUAGGCUAUGAGAUCUAUGAGGGAUUCAACGACGAGACUUCUGGAUUGAACCAGUGGAGAGGCAUCCGCUUCGCAGCUCCACCAAUAGGCGAGCUUCGUUGGCAGCCGCCACAACCACCAGUCUACAACAGGAGCAACAUCAUCCAAGCCUCGAACUUCGGCUCCGAAUGCCCACAGAGCAGCGCCAACGCCAUCUCGAGAAUCUUCCCUUCCCGCCUCGGCAACGAAGACUGCCUCUUCCUGAACGUCUACUCGCCCCCCGACGCCGCCAAUCUCCCCGUCCUCGUGUGGAUCCAUGGCGGCGGUUACGGCUUGGGCAACGGCUCGGCCCAGAACCUUGCGUCCAUCAUCAAUGCGAACAACAACAGCUUCGUCGGCGUGGCAAUUCAGUACCGUCUCGGGGCUUUCGGCUUCCUCGCUUCUGAUGAGGUGGCAAGGAACGGCGUGGCCAACGCGGGCAUCUUGGAUGCCGAAUUCGCGCUGGAGUGGGUGCAGGCGUACAUUCACCUCUUCGGCGGCAACACGAGCCAGGUUACCAUCUCAGGCGAGUCGGCGGGUGCGGGUGCGGUCAUGCUGCUCGAUAUAGCGUACGGCGGGACGCUGGGAACGAGUUUGUUCCAGAACAGCAUCGCCGCGAGCCCGUAUCUGCCGAUGCAGUAUGGGUACAAGGACUGGGUGCCAAGUCAGAGCUACUACGCCUUUGCGGCGGCCACGGGCUGCUUCUCUUCUACGCGUUACGGAGCCAACUCGAGCCAGACAAUCUUCGAUUGCCUGGUUGCGCAGGAUACGGAAACGCUGCAGUAUGCAAGCUUCAAUGUCUCAGAGACCGGGACAUAUGGAACGUGGGGCUUCUUACCCGUCACGGAUGGCGUGCUUAUCCAGGAUUUGCCGAGUAGACAGUUGCUGGAGAAGCGGGUGAACGGUGCAAACAUCUUGGUAGGCAACAAUGCCGACGAAGGCCCGCUAUUCGUUCCGCAAGACAUCAUGUCGAUUGAGGACCUCGUGGAGUGGCUGCAGCUCACAUUCCCUCUCUUCUCAAAUAACGAUAUUGCAAAAGUGCUAUUGUACUACCCAAGCGGCAACGAAACAACGGAGGACGAGGAUGCUCUUAGAUACGCGACUGCAGGCGAUAUGGGCGCGACCGCUAUCAAUGUUUCGUCCGUAGCUGCUGGCCAACAGCAGCGUGCUAACAACAUUUAUGCCGAAACAAGCUUUGUCUGCCCCUCCUACUGGCUCGCCGAAGCCUACAGCGGCAGUGGCAGCGGCGUCUCUCGGAGCAGCUACCGGUACCAGUAUUCUGUCCCCGUCGCACUCCACGGCGCUGACGUCGCGGUGUACUUCGGCCCCACGCCACCCACCGUCGGUCCCGACAUGUCUAUGGCCUUCAUGCGCAUAUGGGGCAGUUUCAUCACACAGGACAACCCCAGCAUUCCAGAUGAGGUCGCCAACGGUGCCUCUUUUAACAAUACCGCAGCGUCUAACCCGGCCUCUAGCUGGCCGGAGUACUCGGUAUACGCACCGUAUCAAAUUAACCUUAAUCAGACUGGCGGAACGCCUUUAGAGGUGGCACUAUUUGGAGUUGUUAAUGUGACGGAAUUCGUUGGCCCAGGGCAAGUGAAUGAUAUCGAGUUAGUGAAUGCAUAUACGUGGGAGGGCGGACGAGGAGUAAGGUGUGAUUUCUGGAGGAGCGUUGGAGGUUUGGUGCCCGAGUAG